GCGUCAACGGCUGAGGGCCGGCGCCACGUUCCCAUUGAGCGGAGCCGGGGCGCCGCUCGGGUCCGGACACCCGCCUCCUUUCCCUUUUCUCUCUCCCCCUCCUUGUUCGCCGGGAGCUGUCCGGAUGGGAACGCCUUUUUACCAGGAUGAGGCAGUGAGCGUCGGCGGCCGGCUCCAGACCGUCCCCAUCAUGAUGUUGAUGAUGGAGAAGAAAAGCGCGGCCGAGCGCGAGCGGCAGCAGCAGCCGCAGCCGGAGCAGGCGGACAGCCCGAGAGCAGGGGCGGGCGGCGGCACGCUGCAGCAACGAUCCCCCGAGCUGGAGAAGGCGGCGGACGGGGGCGGCCCCCGGCGGGAGCUGGAGGCCCUAGUCCAUCCCUUUGUGAAAGGUCGAGAAUUCCUAGAGGGAAGCAGAGAUCAAAUGGAAAACUCUCAUCCCUACUCACUGCAGGAUUUGCACAAGCAGAGCCAGCAUCUAGUCUUGCCUGGAACUCCGUGCUCCGCCCAUAGCUCCACUUCAGUCUAUCAUGGUAAUCUGCAUCUAACCCAGACAAAAGGAGAUGUUCCUGUAUAUACUAACCUCAGCACCUACAAUCCAAGCCUGCCUAACACUGGUCCUGAAAAUUACUCCACUGGCCAUGUUCCCUAUGCAGGUCCAGCAUCUGCACCGCACCAUUUCUCAACCUUGGCUCAGCUUAUGUGUCCAAAAUAUCAAGAGGAACCCCAGACGGUGCCUGAAGUAGGUCCACUGAAUGAAUCUCCCCCACUUUCUCCAAUAGACCAAAGAGGGCAGCAGAUCAAAGCUGAAAAGAAGAGACUGAGAAAUCGCAUCGCAGCAUCCAACUGUCGGAGGAGGAAGCUGGAGCGGAUUGCUAGACUGGAAGACAAAGUAAAGACUCUAAAGUCUGAAAACUUUGAAUUAACCUCAACUGCCAGUGUUCUGCGUGAGCAAGUGGUGCACCUCAAACAUAAAGUAAUGAAUCAUGUCAAUAAUGGAUGUCAAGUGGUCCUUGCUUCCUCUAACCUCUUAAAACCAGAAGAAAAUGGCAGUUUCUAAUAAAAUACCCUAUAAAUUUUAACUUGGUUAAAAUCAAAUUCUUUUGAAGAAUGCUAGUUUGGAUGCUUACCUUGACUUACCUUUGUAUCCUCCAUGCUGCUAAACAUGAUCAAGGUUAAUCAACUAAAAGAUUACGUGGAGCAUAAGAAAGAAGAAUAAAGAGCGACAACUCGAGUCCAGUGCAACUCCUGUUCAUAUCUGAUGUAAUUUCAGCUUUCUUGUGAAAAGAUUCUUGUUAACAUUUUAUGAUGAAGGGCUUAUGCCCGAAAUGUCGAAUUUCCUGUUCCUUGGAUGCUGCCUGACCUGCUGCGCUUUUCCAGCAACACAUUUUCAGCUCUAACAUUUUAUGCAUUCUUGGAAACUUAUUUAAAUGUGUCAAAUUUUUCUUACUGAGCCACAAAUUAACAUGUUGAGAGUUCUGUCUCUUUGCAAAGUAAGUUUCUUCACUCCCCCUGCCCCCAACAUGUUACUGAGUGAAAUUGAAAAUUUGUACAAAAAGAAUGAUCUGUGAUUUACCAACUGUCAAAUUGCAGAUUAUUUCCACCCAAGAGUAAUCUCAAGUAUAGUUAAGGCCAUGAAGUAUAAAAUUAUGAAUUUCUAAUUUAGAUUUUUAGAAUACCUUUGUGUUGCAAUUUUUAUACUGCUGAUGGUUCCUGCAUUCUAUUUAUAUGUUUGGGUUUCUUUGAAUUGGUGAUGUCAUUUCUUGUUCUUUUUCUCAGGGGGUGGUAAAUGGGGUCCAAGUCAAUGUGUUCCAACAGGAACUCUUAUCAUCAAACACAUUGACUUGGACCCCAUUUACCACCCCUUGAGAAAAAGAAGAGAAAUGACAUCACUAACUCAAAGAAACCUGAACAUAUAGAAAGCAGGAAUCAUCAGCAAUGCUUUGUCUGGAGGCUCACCUGAAGAUGUUAUCUAGUAUGGUGACAAAACGUCUGGAAAUGAACCUUCCAGCUCAGCGAGCAAAUCUACAUCCAGAACCUCAAUGUGAGCAACAAAUCAUCUUAAAGCUCGUUAAAAUCAAGAUACUAUCAAAUACACUGGGAGAAAUGUUUGUCAGAAACUAGGUUAAUACAAGAUGAUGAUCAAAUGAUUGGCACACUUGAGCAAGAGCUUGAUAUUGUCUAUUAUCACUAUUUUCUGCAAUUGUUUUGUUAGUAUCCUAAGAUUUUGUAACUUUUGUAUAGAUAUUGCAUGCUUUGGCAAUCUGUUGCACAUCAAUGCUUAAACAUUUGAAAGGAAAGUGUUUCACUAUUGGAAUAAAGCUGUUGUUGCCUGCAAAUUCGGGUCAUUCGCCCAUUCUCUUGUGUAGUGCAUAUGCGUACUUAGGGAGAGACUAAACCAAACUUGAUACUUGAGUUUCAGGGUCAAGCUCCUCUCUCAAGUUUGAGAACAAAACGUAUGUGGUCCAAGGAGUGCUAAUGCAUUUACAAUACUGAUCGAAAGACAAUACCUUGAAUGGUAGCUGUCAGAUGACUGGUCAAACCAAAGCCUCGAUAUCAAGUACCAUUAUUUGAAGAAGGGUCGCAGGUCCUUCUGUCUUAGCUAACACCUAAAACAAGCACAGUGGCACAGUGGUUAGCACGGCUGCCUCACCGUUCCAGAGACCCGGGUUCAAUUCCCGCCUCAGAUGGCUGAGUGUGUGAAGUUUGCACAUUCUCCCUGUGUCUGCGUGGGUUUCCUCUGGGUGCUCCGGUUUCCUUCCACAGUCCAAAAAUGUGCAGGUUAGGUGAAUUGGCCAUGCUAAAUUGCCCAUACUGAGUUGAAGGGGUAAAUGUAGGGGAAUGGGUCUGGGUGGGUUGCAGUUCGGCGGGUCAGUGUGGACUUGUUGGACCGAAGGGCCUGUUUCCACACUAAGUAAUCUAAAAAAUUAUUUCAACGUAUUUGAUUGCACAAUUGGAUGUCAAAAUUUUUCAAAUUUAGCUUUUCAAUUCCUUCAUUAUGUGCCGACACUUUGAAAGCAGAGUUUGCUGUAUUGGCUUGAAAUAUUGAGACCAAAGAGGCAUGAUAGAAGUAAGGUUCUUUACUCACUUAUGAAAAGCUUUUCUGUAUCUGUCAUAUGCUCUUGAGAUCUGCUUUAACUGGACAACUUAAUUAAAUUGAUUUUUUGAGUUUGUGAUACACUUAGUACAGUGGUGCAAUGUUAUUUGUAGAUAUUCACUAACUUAGUCAUUUAACUGUUAAACUAUCUAACUAAUUUUUAGAUAGUAGUCAAGAUGUUUGUGAAUUGCUUGCUCUUGUAUCAAGAUUGAAAUUGUUAUAAACAUCUGCCAUUUUCAGUGAUAUUUAAUACUUAAUGAUCAUCUUAUAUUCAGAUGAAAAACAUUUAAGAAAGAGCAUAAAUGAAGGCACACCAUGUGGCCAUGGUGGCUGAAAUGGACAUGGAAGAAAUGUGCCAAUCUCCCAGGGACUUUUAAUACAAACUCCUGAUGGUGUUGGGGGCAGGAGCAAAGAGAAGAGGUUAGGAAAUUCCCAUAAUUUGAGUCGUUAAUGACUUUAGUUUGUCCUUUACCAUGUCUUUUGUAUGCACUUAUGAUUAAAUGAAAAUGUCUACUCAAGAUUUAUGGGUUUAGUAAGUUUUACUCGUAGAUUACUGUAUUCUAUUUUAUGAAGUAUGCCAGUUUCUUUAAGAAUGAACUUUUUGUACUAAUCUGUUCAUUGUUAGGCUGCUCUUUGCUGUAAAACUGGGAGUAACUAUCAGCGUCUUUAAUGCAUCUACUGUAAAGGAUUUUAGAAUUGGUGUUCUACAGCACAGGAAAGGGCCAUUUGGUUCAUCAGGUCUGUGCUAAUCAAAGACAAACACCAUUGCGUAGUUAAUCUAGUAGUUCGGUGCUUUCCUCCAUCCAUGGGUGUCAGUGUUCAGUGAACUGACUUGUAUUCUGUGGUCACCUUUUUCAUUGGUCUGUGCUAAUUUCCUCUGAAUAUUUGCAGCAUUUGGGACAUUACUCUCAAUAAAGCUCCAUUUAAAAAAAAAAGUAUCGUGUUCUU